AUGAAGAGGAUUUUACUGCUUUGUUUUAUUCACGGCUUCAAGGGAGACGACGACACGUUUGGCAACUUCCCCAAACACCUCCAAGAUAUCAUCACCAACAACCUACCGGAUCACGAGGUUGCCUCUGUUGUCUAUCCCAAAUAUGAGACCAAAGGCGAGCUUGCGCAAAGCACCGCUGCCUUUCUGGAAUGGCUCAAGGAGCGCGUGAUGGACUUGCGCAAGACCCAUCUCGACAAUCCAUGGCCGCCCAACGAUCGUAGCGUUGGUGUUAUUCUGGUGGCUCAUUCCAUGGGUGGCUUUGUCGCCAGCGACUGCCUCUUCCGCAUCCUCGAUGAACGACGACAAGACGAGAACGCGUCCGGUCCCAUAUUUCCCCUGAUUCAAGGCAUACUCGCAUUCGACACGCCCUACAACGGCCUUGCGCGUUCCAUGUUUGUCUACGGCGCCUUUUCCAACUACCAGAAAGUGAGCAAUGUGUUCAACGUCAUGACGGCUCUCUCGGCUGCCGCACCAGCCACCCUCUCACGCCUCGCCUCCAAACGUGCCGUUGGCGUUGCUACAGGCCGCAUCGUCAAGAGAUCGUCCAGCCCCGCGUGGAAGGCCUGGCAGCUCAUCGCCAUGCGCACGGGAACCGUCGGCGUCAUUGCUGCUGGCGGAGUGGCCGCCUACAUGCACCGCAAAAAGAUCAUCGAGGGCAUGCGUACGGUGCGGAGCCUGACCAAGGAGGACGUGAUCCAGGGCUACCAGCAGUCCGUUGAUGCGCUCGGCCAGGGGCUCGCGUACGUCAACAGGGGCAACAUUGGCGAGUCCUUUGCGUACCUGUCGGACCACUUCACCUUUGUAGGCUCUCUGCUGAAGCAGAAUGAGCUCAAUCGUCGACUCGAGCGGCUCGCUUCCCUGAGGGGGGUCGGCUUUUCGGAUGUGUUUGCGUCUCUCGGCGAAAAUGGGAAAUGGAGCGGAGGCUACUUCGUGCCGGAGCGAACAUUCUGUGCCAUACCGACCAAAGACCACCCGGCGGAACAUCUGUUCACGAGACAUGUUAUCGAAGGGGCCAAAGACGAGAUUGUAGCACACAUCAACCUUUUCAAACCUGAUAAGAACCAGGAGUAUGAGAAGAUGACCAACGACGCCGCACAGCUUGUUAUCAACUGGUUCAAUGAUGAUGCCGAGAUCUGGGACGAUCCAAAGUUUGCAGAGCCCAUCCCGGCUGAGUCGGAAGAGACGCAGGAGAUUGCUAAAGCCGUCGAUGAGGAGGGAGUAGCGAAACCACCCGAGGAGGCGGUUGAGAUAGCCACAGGCGAGGAGGACCAAGAGACGGUAGACGACGAUGUCCCUGAUGAAUCGCCCAUCGACAUCGCCGCGGCCGCCACGCUGGUCCCUCUACCGGAUGACUUGGACGGCAACGAGGGCGGGGAAAAGACCGAGGCUAGCGAGCAAAAGAAGGCCUAUCUGCGGCAUCUGUUCGGCGUUGCUCAAGAAACGAGCACCACUCUGCGGUCGUAUCUGCCGUCGAAACUACCAUCGGUUGAGAUGCCCAAGAUGUCGAUGCCGACCAUGCCCAGUGUCGGCAUGCCCAGUAUGCCUUCGAUGCCCAGCAUGUCGAUACCCACGAGAAUCAACUUGUUUGCGUCCAAGAAGUCGUCCGAUACCGGGUCCACGACCGCACCCAAGACUCCCGAGGACGGCGGCAUGCCAACAGGGGUUGGCGAAGCUAAGAAUGAUGAAAGUGAUGGCGAUGCCAGCAGCGGGGGGGCUCAACCAGGGGUCGUCGGUCCAGUUGCAGGUGGUGAUGGGAUCACGGUGCCAAAGUGA